AUGAAUGCAGACACAUCAUUCGCAGAGUUUAUCCAAACCAGAGGCUUGGUGAGCACCGAGCUACCAAGGCAAGCAAUGCAUGCGAUCAAACGAGAGAUGUUUCAUGGCUGUCGAAAGUGUAGAAAGCAUUCGCGGGAAAGUCACGGCGAUCUUCUCAUUUUCGGCCCCAUGCGAAGCCCUGGCUCGUGCGACGAGUGUAUCGGUGAGGGGGAAAAGUUGCGACGGUGCAAAUCCUGCAUGUUUGUUUACUACUGUAGUAAAGAGUGUCAGAGGGCUGACUGGAAAUCGCAUAAGGAGGGGUGCAAAUACGCUAUCGAUACCAACAAUGCUCUGAUGGAGCGUCAUGGAGCCGAUAUGGUAGAGCGAUACAGAUCUUUCAUGAAGUGGUGUGACCAGACCAGGAUAGCGAUCAACUAUACUGGAAUGCUUGCCUUGAAGACUCGUACUCCGUCGACCCAAAUAGAUACGCAUGCUUUUGUCGUCGCUGUUGAUACAUCCAUCGAAGAUACCACUAUCGGCGACUCGACCUCACUCAUCACUACUUCGUCUUCCCAGACUAUUACUCUGCCGAAAUUCAGUCGCAAGAUACGAUGGGCAGAGUCUGUACCUUUUGACGAAGCACUUGACGAAUAUCUCCCCUGGUACGAAGACGAAGCUCGAGAACUCUUCAAAACCAUGCAACCUACCACCUGUGGUCCUGAUGCCAAAUUCUUGCGUAUCCUGAUCCUCGACGACAGUCUUCCGGAGCCGACGUCAACUCACGAUCGCCCAGCUGUUGUCAAACCGGAACACACGGCCGGAGCACCAGCCAACGCGACUGACGAAGCGAUAUGGCGACCGUUUUUGGACUUUGCGGUUGAAGCGGUUGAACACUGA